AUGGUACAGGCUAGAGCUUUUCCACUAAAGAAGCUUCUUGGAUUCCAUUGCAGACUUUCUCUUCUGAGACGGACUUGCCUGGUGCCUGGGUUGGUCGACAUACCUUUACCUAAUGACCUUAUUCCUCAAGCGUCUGUGCAUACCGAUUCUUUGACAAACUACGUCGACGACGUCAAAGAGAUCAAAGCCGAGUCUGGGGCUAUUCUUGUUCGAGAGGAGACUCGUGCGGAGUCGGUCCCUAGGCAACGAGUCAGCCAUUUCCUCAUGGGUUUGGCCAUUACUGGCACAAUGACACAACUUCUGCGGGUCAUGCUGCAUCUCAUGCUAGGAGGCGUAUUCGCUGGGGCUUUCUUCGUGGUGGGAUGGGGCUCGAUCGAAGGGAAUGGUAUCGUGAAGAAGAUUCUGCUUCUGUUACGAGAGAAACGGUUUCAACAGCUCAAUGAUCCAUUCUUCAAGGUUCACAAACGAGUCAUUGUGCACUUCAUCGGCUGGCAAUUGCUUAUCUGGCCAGCUGUGGCAAUAAGUCAGACAAUGGUCGCCAUCGGAUUCCCAGUACUCAUUGUGGCAUUGAUUCCAUUUCGAUGGGUGCGACUGUUUUCGAGAGGUAAACUUGGGAUUCUGGACAACGUCACUGCCACCUAUGAAGUCGCAGGCCAAAAUUGGCUGAAGUCAUGA